UUGGAUGAAUCAGCAAUGUCUGACCAACUGAAAGUAUUGAAGAACAAUAUGCUGUCGUUGCAUGCGCACGUGGACAGCAGAUUGGACUUUAUGCAGAACUCUCUAGACCAGAUCUUGGACCUUGUGUAAAGGUCAGGAUAUAGGCCAGCAGCACAGUCGCCGUUGCCGUUAACGACGAUGUCAGGCCCCUUUCCGGUACAAGCUGGCACACAACCAAGUGGUACGCCUGCAACAGCCGCACAGACUGUUGCUUCUUCUUCUUCGGGUCCAGUGGUGGUAGCUACACCACCAUCGCAACAACCUGUUCCUCAACAGGGACAACAACAAGGUCAAUUGUAUCCUAAGACCCCUAUGCAACCACCCCUUGCCUUCUCAGGUGAGAAGAAGGACGAGGACCUCAACACUUGGUUGAGAACGGUUCCGGUAUGGGUAAAGGCGAAGAGGACUUUGCAGGAGGAGGAGGUGAUUACUGCUGCGUCUUACCUUGAGGGUAAGGCAGCCAAAUGGCUGGAUGGUAUAGUAGCGAUGGCCGGGUACGGACGACGCAUGGCGGAAUGGGCUAAGACCAUGAUGUUAGACCAAUUCUUAGAAAUGGUAGAAGCUCGUUGGCACAAUCCACAGCAGGCACAAAUUGCCACUGAUGCGAUGCAUAGACUAGACCAAAGAAAGUUCAAGUCAGUCAGGGAGCUUACGACUACCAUAGAGAGCCUCAUCGUUGUUCUCGGCAUCAACUACGAUGACGAAUUCCUGUUGACCACAUUUGUGAGAUGUCUCCCAGAGAACCUCAGGGAUUUGUUGGCCAGCGAGGCUCGCCUCGAGUAUCAUUCGUUUGAGACCUUAUCUAGAAAAGCCUUAGACUUAGAGGCUACUCUAGGAAGUGCUGAACCUUCUCAGAAUGACACAAGGAAGAAGAAGAGUCCACAGGAAUGGAAGAAGAAGGGCACUAAAUUGAUGAUGGUUGAGUCCGAUGGGACUCGAACAGAGAUCGAGGAGCUCUCCGACCUGUUGGACGGUUCAGAGUACGACGACGAGGAGACUGCUGAGGGUAGCACCCUUGCCGCAGUAGUUAAGGCUAAGGCUGGUGGCCGAGUGAAGGGCCAUCAAAAGAGUCAAGGGAAGGCCGCCUCCAAUCAGACCAAAGUUGCUGAUUGGGUCAAGGCAGGUCUUGAUCAAGAAGUGUGGCGAUACCGUCGAGUGUGUGGUGCUUGCAUUAACUGUGGUGAAUACGGACACACCCAGUACAAGUGCCAGAACGCAAAGGUCACGCAGAAGAUACCUCCUAAGAUGGGGGCAUCUUCUUCCCAGGCUUCUAGCUCGGGAAACACACGCUCAAAUGGAUCAAGACUCAACCGGCUCUUUGCACUCAAACAAUGGAUUGAGGUCAUAGAUCAGUAUGACUUCAAGCUUAAGUAUCUGAAGGGAGAGUACAACAAGGUUGUAGAUGCACUAUCACGUAGGGCAGACUACCUAGGGGCGCUAGUUUCUGACUUUGGUGUAUCUGACGAAGUAACUCAAUCGUUUGUGGGAGCCUAUCAGGAAGACCCUGUCACGAUGGACAUCAUGCGCAAACUUAAGGCAAAAGACAAGGCCACGGAAAGUGAGUUUGUGAUGGUGGACGGCUUGAUAAGGCCGGAGUUAAAAGGACAGAGUGUUUCCAUGGAUUUCAUGGACACCCUGGUGACCAGUAAGAGAGGCAAGAGGCACAUCUUCGUCAUCAUCGAUCGAUUCACCAAGUACGCUAGACUAGUCGCCAUGCCAGAGACCGCAAGGACUGACCACGUCAUCAAGUUGUUUAUGGACAACUGGGUAGGGGAAUGUGUCUGGGUCAAGGCUAGUGAAUUAGGACAGGAAUUCGGAAUCUCUCGACGUAAACUAAUGCCUCAGUAUUUUGGUCCAUGGGAAGUCCUGGACAUCGUCGGGGAUGAGAUGGAUGGUCCUACGUAUGUCAUCCGUAUCCCUGGUCACCUUCGCACUCACCCUGUCUUUCAUGCCUUAAAGCUUGCACCUUUCGCUGAGACUGAUCAAUUCCCUUCAAGGAGAUCGAUGCUACCCCCAACCAUGGAUGGCCAAGUGGACAUCGACGACAUUGUGGAUCACAGGGACACGCCUAUUCCAAAGUCGUUGGGCCGAGGAAGACCUCAUAAACCCAACAGAGAGUAUCGCGUCAGAUUCAGGCAUCAUAAGGAUCCAAAAGAAGAUCGGUGGUUUACCAAAGAGGAACUGAUUGAGACAGCUCCUCAAGUGGUGGCAGAAUAUGAAAGAAUGCUGAAAGGGAAGGCACCUGCGAAGUAAGCAUCUCAGCGGACUUUCGAAGCU